AUGGGUUUUACAGCUCCUAUUAAUCAUCCGUUGAAGCAGCACGGGAAUGAAGGACAUCAACCUGUUGCUUCAAACAUGAAACGACAUCCGAUAAUUCAAGGAUUGAUUGCCUUCUUGCAAAGUCCAUUCUGGAUUAAUCCGAUUCAAAGUUUCAUUGAUGAAAAUUGUUUGUAUUUUGAUGGAGAGGAGGAGAAUUGUUUGGAAUUGACUCAGGUUCAUGAGAGGUUCCGAGAAUUGAUUGAGAACUUGCUUGAGUUUUUACUGGGAGAGAUGCAUGUUUCUCAUGAAGAGGUUUGUAGCAGUGUCAUUUCGAAUCGCUCUCUUCAUCAUCUUGCUGAAAAGUUCAUCAAAGUAUUAAUGGCUGAAACCAAUGAUGAAACCUUAGGACAAGCAUUGGAACAUAUCAUGGCCAUGGAUGAUUACUUGAGUUUUAGAAAAAUUAUGGAAAGAAGAAAUCUACAAUUAGAAUGUGAGGCAUUAGAUACUCUCAAAAAGAAGGCCGAUCUCCAAGAAGAUGACGACGAGGAAUUGCGAAAAGCUUUGGAAAUUUCCAAAAGAGAGCAUGACGAGCUCAUGAAACAAAAGAAAACAGUUGAAGAAAAAGAGGAAUACGAUCUGGUCAUUGGUGCUUCCUUAUCUGAACAUGAAAGAGAACUGGCUGAAAGACAACGACAAUUGGAGCAAGCAGAACUUGAGAUGGCCAUCGCCAUUUCUUUAUCUUUGCAGGAAGAACAAAAAAGAAGAGAACUUGAGGAAGAGGAAAAACGAAACGAAGAAGUGUUAAAGAAACAAUUGCAGGAAGAGGAAUCCAUAAGGAAAAUGGAAGAAGAAAAAGAACGUCGAGCACUUGAAGAAAAGCUAAAACAACUUCAGCUCUUGAAAGAAGAAGAGCGCCGUUUGCAUCUGGAAAAAGAAAGGCAGGCUCUUCUUUUGAAGGAAGCAGAGGAAAAGCGAAAGAGAGAGGAAGAGGAAAGGCUAAAACUUCAACAGCAACAAGCAGAACAGCAAAUGAUUCAAAUUGAAAAACCUCAAUCAAAACAGGAAGAUACGUUUAAGUUCAACUUUACCAGUUCAAGAUCAGAGGAAUCCAUAAAGGAAGAAAUGCUUCGAAUUCAGAAAGAACGCGAAUUGCUUCAAAAAUUAAUGGUUGAAAGAGAAAAACAAAAGGAAGAGGAGAUUAAGAAUGCAAAAUCUACAACUGAAACCGUACAAAACGAAGAAAGAAAAAAGAAGAAGGAAGAGCUCAAAGAGGCCAAAGAAAAACUUGUGGAAAAGAAAAAACAAGAAAGAGAAGAAAAAUUGAAAGAUUUUAAAUCAAAGCUGGCACUCAAGAAGCAAGGUUCUUCUGAGAGUAUUAGCUCAACCACAUCAUCCUUGUCUUCUAUUUCCAACUCAUCUACUUCAAGUCCCAAGAAUUCAUCAGAUGAAGAGGAUGCAGAAACACGUAGAAGAUUAAUGAGGGAAGCUCUUUCGAGAAGAGUCAAAGAAGAUCUGUUAAGACAAUCUCAACCACAAAGUCAUGAAAUUCCCAAUAACAAACCACAACCCAAACAAGUACUGGACACCGAUGCUUCCAGUCACCUGCGUUCUCUUUUACAGAAUGUGGUUCGUAAUUUGAAGAAUGAGGGCGACGAUGACUUUGUUUUCAGCGAAACCAAAUAA